CAGAUCCCGACCUCCUCCCCGGAAAAAGAGAGAGAAAACAAAAAACAAAAUAAAAAAAAAACACGAGAAGAAAAAAAAAUAGUUUUCUACCCCACAGUGUGUAAGAUUGAACACUGCGAGAAGAUAUCUCCGAGCCUGGAGGGUGUUUUUUUUACGCGUUUUCCUUCUUUUCUUGACUUUUUAGAGGAGUUGGACUGAUGUUUUCAAUGCCUCGUGCUCUUUUACGCACGGGAUUGACGUGUGAACGCAGCGCGCUGGUGAAAAUGAGCGACGCUUGGAAAGUUUCUCAAUGGAUUUCGCAGACGGCUUUCACGACUGAGCUGCGGGAGUGAAAAGAAAACAAAAAAACGGAAAUUUUGACUUAUUUUGCCUGAACUGGAGCUAAAGUGUCGAAAACACGGACUUCAGAUGUGUCCCCAGCCGGCUACAGAGGCCCUUCAGUCCCAAGAUGGAUUCCAGAAGCCAGAACGACAGCGACGGAGGAGGAGGACUCCAUGGGGUGUUGGCCUCAUCGACUGGAUUGGCAAACAUGGCGCAUGACGAAGGGCGAGCACAACCAGGGUCUCUGCAAACCAUAGAGAGUCCCUCAGAUCCCGGGCUGAACUGCAGGUUACGGCCACACACUCCACCAGUGUUGUCUCUGGAUCAGAUAAGAAUAAGUGGUGGUAGUAAUGAGUAUACAGAUGGACCCUCGGCUGCUCAAAGGUCUCCAGCCACCCAGCAACGGAGGACUGAUGUGGUUACAUCAACAGGUCAAAGGACCAAUAGACAGCAGGAGAAUGAGGAAGAGAGGGCCAACAACCUCCGAAAUCUGUAUGCAGUGACUCAUCGCGGGAACGCAAAUACAGCCGUCUCUUCAAGAGAGGGUGUGUCCCAGGCUUCUGUUGUGGAGGUCUCCCAGGAAAGCAUCCGAAGCAUUGCAGGAAGUAGUCCUUUGGGUCAGGGGGUUAUCAGCAGCCCAGUGACUGGCAAUGAGAUAAUCAGAAACCAGCCAAAACGCUCAGAGCCAAAUUCAGAGGAGCUGAAACCUCUGAAUGAUCAGUGCAGAGACAUAGAAAGCGUCCCAGGCAGCAAAACCCCUUUAAAAAAGGACAAACACUCAAACAAAUGUGGGUCCUGCGGCCGGUGCAGGUGCUCGGAGUGCGCCCGGCCGAGGGCGCUUCCCUCCUGCUGGUUGUGUGGCCAGCGCUGCUUGUGUUCACCAUACAACACCGUGGAGUACGGGACAUGCAUCUGCUGCAUCAAGGGCCUUUUCUACCACUGCUCCAAUGACGAUGAGGACACCUGCGCGGACAAGCCGUGCUCCUGCUCUCAGUCGCACUGCUGUGUUCGCUGGACCACCAUCUCGUUCUUGUCCUUGUUCUUCCCCUGUCUGUUGUGCUACCUCCCAGCUAAAGGAUGCCUGGCCAUGUGCCAGUGCUGCUAUGACGGAGUCAAACGACCUGGGUGUCGAUGCAAGAACCCAACCCCAACCCGCUGUCAUGACGAUAGCACACAAACGUAGGCCAGGAUGGAAACAGGCAUGGAUUGACCACCCUCCACUCUGACUGAACUGCAAAAUGUCAAGCAGUGUGAUUAGAAUCAUCUAAUAAUGUCAUUUUGGUUGCUGUCUUUACAUCCAUCUGGGAUGUCGGGGGGAUAAAAUGUAACCGGUAAAGGCACUGGAGGUGCAUUUACUCACCCUAGAGUUAGGAGUUUCACUUGAAAGGUCAACCAAAAUAAGCACUCCACAUUUCAAGGUAUGAAAUCUUAUUUAACUACUGUUUUGUCUUAAAAUAAAAAUUCUCUUCACUCAAGUGCCGUGAUAUUACCUAAUACAGUCCACGCAGAUGGCUUUGGGUUGUUCUAUUAUUAACAUUUUAUAUAGACUGUACUCUCAAAGGAAACUUCUAUAUGUCACUAACUGUAUGUAACGUAGUAAUGGAGUAAGGACGUACAAUAGAAAAUGACAAAUGUUUUAUAUAAAUACUGUAAAAAAGUAUACAUAUAUAUAUAUAUAUGUAUCAACUGUGAAAAGUUCUCUGUUGUUCCAGAGGCACUUUGGUUUAACUGCUUGUUUUUGGAUCAGUCAGCUAAAAUUCCUGCAAAGUUCCUGCGUUCACUGUCAUGUCUAUCAAUCAUAUUUUUGAAUAAUUUACGACAGAAAGAUCUUAGUUCUGAUUCUACCUGUAAAUUGUACAGUGACCUUAUAUGAAAAGUAUAUUUUCUAAUUCCAAAAUUUGCCUAGUGUAAAGUUCAGAAGAUAUAUUUAUUUGAAGGUUUUAAUAUUUUAUGAGGAGAAAUAUUUAUUUUGAGAAAACAUUGCUAAAAGGCGUUAGCCUUCUCCGGGGCUGCUCGGCAGAUUUGACCUGAACAGCUUGCCAUGGAUUAGAAUAUGAACAUAUUAACAUAUGAAAUUAAAAAGCCUUGAAAUCUAA